AUGGAGCAGAUCAUUAACGUCGCGGAGCUGAAACAGCCCCAGACUGAUACCAAAGCAUUCAGUCAGACGUGUUUGGACAGUCAGAGCCCAACACCCGUGGGCUCACAAACCGGCCAUGACUAUUCUCUUGUCCAUCCCCAUACCCGCCCCCAUUCCCCAGAAUAUCACCAAAUGCCCCCACCUCGUGACCAAGCUCCUCCACCCUCGGAGGUCCGCAAAUUUGGCAAUCCAGCUCCUCUCGGCCUCUGUGGAUUUGCCCUGACGGCAUUCCUUUCAAAUGGCAUGAGUGUCUUUGCCGGGGUGCCAGUCGCGGGUGAAAAUGUUUCUUCGGCACUCGCGUACGGAGGCAUCAUCCAAGUGCUUGUCGGAAUGUGGGAAAUGGCUCUUGGAAAUACAUUUGGCGCUACAUCUUUCUGCUCCUAUGGUGCAUACUGGAUUUCCUUCGCUCUGCUUAAUUUCGAUGGAACCAAAGUCACAGCACAAACUGUCACUCAGGUUUGCCAGAGUGAGAUGCUGAUGGGGCUCUUCAUGAUUGCAUGGUUCAUCUUCACCACAAUUAUGCUUCUGUGCACACUCAAAUCGAGUCUUGCCAUGUUUCUAUUAUUCUUCUUCCUCGACAUGAACUACCUCCUACUGGGAAUCGCAAACCUCCAAUGCGGCGCUACGGGCGAAAUAAUGGCCACGGUGCAAAAGGCCGGUGGAAUUUUCGGCCUCUUGGCUGCCUUUGCAGCUUGGUAUAAUGCAUUCGCUGGUAUUUUCGACAAGAGCAAUGGUUUUUUCACUGUCCCGCUUGGUCACUUCCCCUGGUCGCCACUUAUUCACGCCCAUCAGUCCAAGUUCAAGGAAGUGUGA